AUGCACGGCUACGUUCUCCUCAGCCUUAUCCCAGUCGUUCUGGGCUGUGCCAAUCCUGACACAGACAAAUGCGCAAGCUACAUCAGUGCCAACGCGGCGGUUGCCACCUUCUGCGGUACCUUCACUAAGAGCGCCGUGACGGCCACCACUGGUCUCCCAUCAUGGGCCUCUAACUGCUCCAACAAGCCGAGCCAGAUCUCGAAGGAGUGUUCUUGCUACUACACCGGCACGGCCGCCGCAACUACUACUACCACGCUGAAGACAACAACCACUACGAGUGUUGGCUCAGGCAGCACACCCACUGGUAUCACUACGGCGCUGCCCAAGUCUUCGGGAGCUGUGUCCACAUCGAAAGCCAUCACUGUGAGUGCUUCUUUCGAUGGUGGAAUGAAGAUGUACGAUCGUUACCCUGUUGUCUGCGAGGAACAGACUGAGACGGGUGAGGCGGACGCCAUGUUCGUCCUCGCCAGCGGCGCUACUCUCUCCAACGUCAUCAUUGGUCCUGGGCAAGCCGAGGGAGUUCACUGCCAGGGUACAUGCACUCUGAACAAUGUCUGGUGGUCCGACGUCUGCGAGGACGCACUCACCCUCAAACAAUCUACCGGCACCUCCUACGUCAACGGCGGGGGCGCCUUCCACGCAGCGGACAAGAUCAUUCAAUUCAACGGCUUCGGCACCGUCGACAUCAAGAACUUCUACGCCAACGACUACGGAAAGAUGGUACGUAGCUGCGGCAACUGCUCUAAUAAUGGGGGAGCUCGCCACAUCUUGAUCUCCAACAGCAUCGGCGUCGACGGCGGUGUCCUCUGCGGCAUCAACACCAACUACGGCGACACCUGCGUCAUCACGAACUGUUGCCAGGAUGACGGCAAGAACUGUGAUCGCUACACGGGGAACAAUAAUGGGGACGAGCCGCCGAAGAUCGGAUCUGGACCGGAUGGGACGUACUGUACAGUGACGGGGUUGACUACUUCCUGCUAG